AGUUGCACGUGCGCAUGCCGGCCGGUAGUUACUAAAUCACACAUGGCCGCGACCACGAGAUAAAAAUAUAGUGUGUAUUUGCCUUAAAAUGCUCGAAUAAUCCCAACUAAAUCGAGGAUAGAAAGAGAAUUUAAAAGGGCAUUAAAAGGGCAUUAAGAAAUGGGCAAUUCUUCAUCCACUCCUGCGGCGCCCCCGCCUUCCAGCUCCACUGUCGCACCACCGCCACCACCUGCAAAUCCUUCACAACCUUCUAGUUUAACGCCACCACCAUCAGCAGAUGUUCCGCCAGAGUUAAAGAUUCCAAAUGUAUUCAAAGAGGAAGUUAGCAACAAUCCAGGCACCUUUGAAGAGCUGCAUAGGAAGUGUAAAGAGCUCUUCCCACAGACAUUUGAAGGUGGUAGAUUCCUGGUGUCAAAGGGAUUAAGUAGUCAUUUCCAAGUUAGUCACACACUGACUAUGUCCCAGUUGUCACCACAAGACUCUGGGUACAAAUUUGGUGCAACGUACAUAGGGACCAAACAAUAUAGUCCCUCUGAGGCUUAUCCAGUUUUGAUGGGAGACAUUGAUCCUUCUUUGAAUUUAAAUGCACAUAUAAUCCAUGCAUUUUCAAAGAAAGUCAGAACUAAGCUUCAGUCAUCGGUGCAGGAAGGAAAAUUCAUGGGUCAGGGUUCUGUGGAUUACCUGGGAGAUGAUUUCUCAACUACACUGACACUAGGAAACAUCGACCUUCUGAACAAAACAGGUGUUAUAGUGGGACACUACCUACAAAGAGUAACAUCUAGUGUAGCAUUAGGAGCCGAACUGGUUUAUCAGAGAGGUCCUAGGGUGCCUGGAGGGGAAAUAACAGUUCUCUCAUUAGCUUCCAAAAUUACUGGUGAAAAUUGGCAAUUUACUGCCAAUGUUUGCCCAUCAGCAGUAGCAGCACAUUGUUGCUACUAUCAUAAAGUCAAUGAACAUUUACACAUAGGAGCCGAGUUGGAGUCUAGUUUAAUGACCCGUGAGAGUGUAGGGAAAGGUUGUUAUCAGCUAGAAAUACCAGGUGGAAACGCCAUGUUUAGAGGUUCUAUUGACACAAAUUGGACUGUAGAAGCUGUGUUAGAAAAGAAGCUUAUGCCGUUACCUUUCACACUACAACUAAGUGGGACAGCUAACUUUGCCAAUAUUCAGAAAAGUCAAUAUCGUUUUGGAAUAGGUCUAGUUCUUGGAUGAAAUUUUUACUUUGAUGUUUACUGUGAUCUUUCUCGGUGGUUUCACUUUGUCAGUGGAACACACUCAUGUAUGUAUAGAGGGGGAGGGGCGUGUUUAUAGUGGUGGUUUAGCCACUGUACUUGUCACCUCUAGAUAAGAGGGGAUUGCAUCCCUGACAUUUUGCUGAAUCUUUUGUACAAGAACCAAACAUUUUAUAGCGAUGUCAUUGAAUAUAAAUAUGCUGUACUUAGUAUGUGUGAAAAUAAACAAUAAUUAGUGUGUGGUAAAUGAUUGUGUUAGAAUGUGAUGUUAAUUAUACAGAUAUAUAUGCAAGACAGAUCAAUAUAUGGCUAUUAACCUCAGGCAUGCACUUCUUCGACAUCAACAAACUGUUAGGAUAAGUUUAUGAAAUGUGGAUCUUUAUUUAUGAAGCAUAGAUUUUGAUGUUGAUUUACUUUAUUCAGUGAAAUGAUUAAUAUAAAUUAUUUUUCAUUUUGAUUGUCCAUCAGUGUCUGAAGUGGGACUUUUUAAUGAGCAUACUUGUUCAGAAUUAUCUGGGCAUUAUUAAAGUUGUAUCAUCACUGCCAUCCAACUUUCAUUAAUGGCAUGCUCUUAAAAUUGCUGAAUAUUUGAUUUGUAAUUAAAACUAUUUUUAAA